GACCACAAGCUCACUAUGGCUCGCCUCAGCUUGCUCAGUCAUACAGCAGUUUAUCUUAUAACAACAUUGCAGUAUCUAAAUCGUAUCUAAAUCUCUUGCUCUACUAUCCAUUCAUGGCCACCACAAAACCUGAGCUAGACAAGCCUUUGCAGCUUCCUCUUUCCCCUGAAGACCUCCAGACCAUCAAUGAAUAUCUGUUCCCCCUCACACCACAAGAAAUCUUGAAAUGGGCUGUGGAAUACCUUCCAGGGUUGUACCAAACCACUGCGUUUGGUCUUACAGGUCUUGUCGCCAUCGACAUGUUGUCGAAACUUACACCAUCGCCCCCACCACUUAUAUUUCUCGACACCCUGUAUCAUUUCCAAGAGACAUACGAGCUCGUGCAAGAAGUAGAGAAGCGGUACGGUCAGCAUAUACACGUCUAUAAACCCGAGGGAUGUCAGACUGUCCAGGAUUUCGAAACCAAGUUCGGUGAGAAAUUAUGGGAGACCGAUGAGGAUACAUAUGAUUUUGCCGUAAAAGUUGAACCCGCUCAGCGCGCUUAUCAAGAGCUGAAUGUCAGAUCUGUGAUUACCGGUCGACGCGCAUCCCAAGGCGGAGAUCGCGCCAGUUUGCAGCCUCUCGAAGUAGAUGCAACAGGUCUGUUGAAGUUGAACCCACUCUGCUCAUGGACAUUCCCCUUCGUCGAGUGGUAUAUCACGCAGAACAAUGUUCCACGAAACAGGCUUCUCGAUCAAGGCUAUAAGAGUGUCGGUGACUGGCAUAGUACGGUGAAAAGCGGUGAUGGUGAUGGAGGAGAACGUGCAGGGCGGUGGGCUGAUAAACAAGAAAAGACUGAAUGUGGGCUACACAAAGACUAUUUUGCUAUGAAGGCACGAGCAAAGCUGGAGGCGCAGCAAGCUCAAGAACUAGGGAAAAACUAGAAGUAAAGACUGUGACGCUGUGCUAGUUGCAACCUAGAAUAUUCCAUAGGGUCGGCAUUCGCUACGCGUUUGACCACUUCGCGAGCUUUAAGCUUGACGUUUUUAUGGUAUGUCCUACACAUGCUUUAGUACAGGGCGAUAAUCGAGAUUUCUUCAAUUAUAUGGAUCUACGAAUGGAUCGUCUGUCGUGAUGAUUUCGCGUGGCCAUGUGCUGUGGUAUAUCUGAAGCUGUGCAGAUGCUAUACCAGACCUCCUUUCGUC